GCACUUUUCAUUGAUACCUCUGUCCUUUACCUCUUUGGGAUUUGACAAGCUCCAGACUCUGGCUGUGGAUUCUGAUUCCUUUGCAAAUGGGUAUUUCUUCACAGGAACUGGGUUUCCAGCACUCACUAAGACAGACCUCUGAGUAACUGGGGACUUGGCCUGCCUUGCCUACUGAGCUUGGGGCAGAUCGGAUGGAGAUGAGUUGGUUAUAUUCUAUGAAGUAAUAGCUCACCACCAGCCAGGGUUUAAACUACUUUUGCAGCAUCACUUCACCUGUGGACUCUUCUAAAUUUUGCUUCCUUGGGGGAAAAAAAAAAAAAAACUGGGGUAAGAGAAGGUCAUUUUUAACAAGUUAGCAUCCUUCUCCCUCUUUGAUAAGUUGAUGCAAAAGAUAAGUCUGUGACUUCAUUGGAUUGCACCUUCAAAUCAAAAUAGAAGAGCAAGAAAAAAGGGACAAUGGCUUUAAGUGGAAACUGUAGUCGUUAUUAUCCUCGAGAACAGGGGGCUGCAGUUCCCAAUUCCUUCCCUGAGGUCGUGGAGCUGAAUGUCGGAGGUCAAGUUUAUUUCACCCGCCAUUCCACGUUAAUAAGCAUCCCUCAUUCCCUCUUGUGGAAAAUGUUUUCCCCAAAGAGAGACACGGCUAACGAUCUAGCCAAGGACUCUAAAGGAAGGUUUUUCAUUGACAGAGAUGGAUUCUUGUUCCGUUAUAUUCUGGACUAUCUCAGGGACAGGCAGGUGGUCCUGCCUGAUCACUUUCCAGAAAGGGGAAGACUGAAAAGGGAAGCUGAGUACUUCCAGCUCCCAGACUUGGUCAAACUCCUGACCCCUGAUGAAAUCAAGCAAAGCCCGGACGAAUUCUGCCACAGUGACUUUGAAGAUGCCUCUCAAGGAAGCGACACGAGAAUCUGCCCUCCUUCCUCAGUGCUCCCUGCGGACCGCAAAUGGGGCUUCAUUACCGUGGGCUACAGGGGGUCCUGCACCAUGGGCAGAGAGGGGCAGGCAGAUGCCAAGUUUCGGAGAGUUCCCCGGAUUUUGGUUUGCGGAAGGAUUUCCUUGGCAAAAGAGGUCUUUGGAGAAACUUUGAAUGAGAGCAGAGACCCUGACCGAGCCCCAGAAAGAUACACCUCCAGAUUUUAUCUCAAAUUCAAGCACCUGGAAAGGGCUUUUGAUAUGUUGUCAGAGUGUGGAUUCCACAUGGUGGCCUGUAACUCCUCAGUGACAGCAUCUUUUGUCAACCAGUAUACAGAUGACAAGAUCUGGUCAAGCUACACUGAAUAUGUCUUCUACCGUGAGCCUUCGAGGUGGUCACCCUCCCACUGCGACUGCUGCUGCAAGAACGCCGCAGGUGACAAAGACGGGGAGAGCGGCACGUCUUGCAACGACCUCUCCACGUCCAGCUGCGACAGCCAGUCUGAGGCCAGCUCUCCCCAGGAGACGGUCAUCUGUGGGCCCGUGACACGCCAGACCAACAUCCAGACUCUGGACCGUCCCAUCAAGAAGGGCCCCGUGCAGCUGGUCCAACAGUCCGAGAUGCGGCGGAAAAGCGAUCUGCUCCGGACUCUGACUUCAGGCUCCAGGGAGUCGAACAUGAGCAGCAAAAAAAAAGCUGUUAAGGAAAAGCUCUCAAUUGAGGAAGAGCUGGAGAAAUGCAUCCAGGAUUUCCUAAAGAUCAAAAUCCCAGACCGGUUCCCAGAGAGAAAACAUCCUUGGCAAUCUGAACUUUUACGGAAGUAUCAUCUAUAGGGGAGGGCCGGGGGUGGGAGAAGGAACGAGUCAUGUCGCCAUUUGGAAAUAAAGC